AUGGAGCUGGCGAUGGCGCUGGCGCCUGGCGGAGCGAAGGGCGGCGAGUGGCAUCAUGUUGUAGGCAUCGUCAUCUACUGCUCGCACUCAGCGGGGAAAUGUAAGAGCUAUUGGUUUGAGGAAGAAUAUGUGGUGUACCUUCACGAUAAUGGUGAUCUACUUGCAGCUGGGUCGACCAUCGCAGAAGCUUUGACAACUAAAGUCCCUAAGGUGGUGAGAAAAAUUGAUAGCUUAGAGAAAAAUCUGAAAAAGGUGAAGGAAAUAGUUGGCAAGAACAGGGAAGGCAUUAGAAGCUGCAUUUGCCUUGUGUGUGGAUGUGUGAAUGUAACACUAUUCUUAGUGUUGGCCAUCUUCAUGGUUGUAGCUUUUCUGUUGAAGUAG